ACUCCGGGAUCAAUCCGGACGGUCAUUGGGAGAAGCCGAGGGCAACUUAGCCGCGGUGGGUUCCAUUUCUGCAGGACGCGAGAGUCGCUAUGGGAACCUACAGCCAGGCUAGGGCCUGUCCCAGGGCUUCCCAGUUUCUAAAGAAUCUUCGCAGCACCCCCGCCCAGGGUUCAGACCAAACGAAAAGUUAUUUGAGAGGCCGCGGGGGAGCGGGUGGGGAGUAGGUGGCGGAGGCCUCGGUCCGGGGGUGCGCAGUGGUGUUUCCGAAUCUCCGCGUCUCUCUCUGGCAGCCCCCGCGUCACUGGGAGGAGUGAGGGCAGCGAGGGAGUGAGCGGGAAGGGCCUGGCUGGCCUUUGCUCGGCCCUCCCAGUCGCCCGGCCUUUGAACCCGCCCUGCGCUGCUGCCCGGGCUGGUCCAGGCACUUCGCACUCGGGACCCAAAACUGCAGCCGCGCGAGCACAACCCAUGGCUGCGCUGGGCUGCGCGAGGCUGAGGUGGGCGCUGCGAGGGGCCGGCCGUGGCCUCUGCCCCCAUGGGGCCAGAGCCAAGGGCGCGAUCCCUGCAGCCUUCCCGGUGGAUAAGGCCGCUGAAGCUCCCGGAGCCGGACCUGGUGACCGGCGGCGGCUACGGAGCUUAGAGGAGAUUCCACGUCUAGGGCAGCUGCGCUUCCUCUUCCAGCUGUUUGCUCAAGGUUACGCCUUGAAGCUGCACAAGUUACAGGUGCUUUACAAGGCCAAGUUCGGCCCAAUGUGGAUAUCCAACAUGGGGCCUCAGAUGCACGUGAACCUGGCCAGUGCCCCACUCGUGGAGCAAGUGAUGCGGCAAGAGGGCAAGUACCCAGUACGGAAUGACAUGGAGCUAUGGAAGGAGCACCGGGACCUGCAAGACUUGACCUAUGGGCCAUUCACCACGGAAGGACACCACUGGUACCAGCUGCGCCAGGCUCUGAACCAGCGAAUGCUGAAGCCAGCAGAGGCAGCGCUCUAUACAGAUGCUUUCAAUGAGGUGAUUGAUGACUUUAUGAUACGACUGGAUCAGCUGCGGGCAGAGAGUGCUUCGGGGAACCAGGUGUCAGACAUGGCUCAACUCUUUUACUACUUUGCCUUGGAAGCUAUUUGCUACAUCCUGUUCGAAAAACGCAUUGGUUGCCUGGAGCGAUCCAUCCCUGAGGAAACUGUGACCUUUGUCACAUCCAUCGGGCUCAUGUUCCAGAACUCACUCUACGCCACCUUCCUCCCCAAGUGGACUCGCUCUGUGCUGCCUUUCUGGAAGCGAUACCUGGAUGGUUGGAAUGUCAUCUUCUCCUUUGGGAAGAAGCUGAUUGAUGAGAAAGUCAAGGAAGUGGAGACCCAGCUGCUGGUAGCGGGGCCAGAUGGCGUCCAGGUGUCUGGCUACCUGCACUUCCUGCUGACCAGUGGACAGCUCAGCCCUCGGGAGGCCAUGGGAAGCCUGCCUGAGCUGCUUAUGGCUGGAGUGGACACGACAUCCAACACGCUGACAUGGGCCCUGUACCACCUCUCAAAGCACCCUGAGAUCCAGGCGGCCUUGCAUGAGGAAGUGGUGGGUGUGGUGCCAGCUGGCCAGGUGCCCCAGCACAAGGACUUUGCCCACAUGCCCUUGCUCAAAGCUGUGCUUAAGGAGACUCUGCGCCUCUACCCUGUGGUCCCCACAAAUUCCCGGAUCGUAGAAAAGGAAACUGAAGUUGAUGGCUUCCUCUUCCCCAAGAACACCCAAUUUGUGUUCUGCCACUACGUGGUGUCCCGGGACCCCGACACCUUCUCUGACCCUGAGAGCUUCCAGCCCUACCGCUGGCUGAGGAACAGCCAGUCUGCUACCCUCAGAAUCCAGCACCCAUUUGGCUCUGUGCCCUUUGGCUAUGGGGUGCGGGCCUGCCUAGGCCGCAGGAUUGCAGAGCUGGAAAUGCAGCUACUCCUGGCAAGGCUGAUCCAGAAGUACCAGGUGGUCCUGGCCCCAGAGACGGGAGAGGUGAAGAGUGUGGCCCGCAUUGUCCUGGUUCCCAAUAAGAAAGUGGGCCUGCAGUUCCUGCAGAGACAGUGCUGAGCUGAGUCCCUGCCUUGCUGGGGCUUGUCCUGGAGGCUCCAGCCCUGGCACAGUGGUUCCUGGCUGCUGCUGUGCCUCAGAUGACGAAGGGGAGAAGGGGGCUGCCAGCCUCGAGAGGUGGGAGGAACCCCCAGAACUUCUCACAGACCCUGAGCUUUUGCCGCUUCUGUCAUUUCUAGCAACUCCCUCUCAGAUAAAAGGCCACCCUGUUAUCACAUUGCUGUCCUUGGGUAGAAUAUAAAAUAAAGGGAUUUUAUUUGCUAUUGGA